CGGUCAUUGGCGUCAUCGCGUUGUGUACUUACAUCAGGGGAUCGGUGAUAGUGGGAUUUUGGUAUAAUUUUUCGGAGUUCAUCGCCGUGGCAAAUAUUUUUAUAAGGAGAAUAACAUUUAAGUAGUAAGUACACCACCGACCCCGGAUGAGACGCUGACCGGCUGACAUCGACAUCAGUCGAUAUUUUCAACCAUCCGUCCUCUACCUAUAAAUCAUCUCUGUACAAUCCACGUAAGUGAGACGCGCGUGUCAGGCGUGGGUGUGUGUGUAUAAGAAUUAGAAGCAGAAGUGGCGAAGAAGAAGGGAAAAAGCCAAAAGGAGUACGUGAAAGAGAGGGUUGUCGUCGUCGUCAAAAGAGAAGACGGCAGCAGCAGUCACGAAUUUAGGAAAAUACAAUGAUGCAGGAUGAAGAUCUCGGUGGUCCUGCCAGAAGAAAUGUGUUCAGUAAGGCAGUAAUCAGAAUAUCACAGGUAUACCAAAGUUGGUUGGACCAGUGGACGCCACAUGUUGUGUCGAGAUGGGCAUUUGCUGUAUUUUUAAUCAUUCUUUUCGUUAUUCGCAUACUGUUGGCACAGGGUUGGUAUAUUAUUACGUAUGCAUUAGGGAUUUAUCACCUUAACCUGUUUAUAGCAUUUCUUACACCAAAAAAUGAUCCAGCGAUGGACUUUGAUGAUGCUGAUGGCCCACAGUUACCUACAAGGUCGAACGAAGAAUUCAGGCCAUUUAUCAGGAGAUUACCUGAAUUUAAGUUUUGGUAUUCUGUGUGUAAAUCCACAGUCAUUUCCUUAGUAUGCACCUGUUUUGAUUUCUUUAAUAUCCCAGUAUUUUGGCCAAUUCUUGUCAUGUAUUUUAUCACAUUAAUGUGCAUAACGAUGCGGCGUCAAAUUAAGCAUAUGAUAAAAUACAGAUAUCUGCCUUUUACACACGGUAAACCGAAGUACCAAAAUCAUGUUGAUGGUGCAAAAUAAUUGCCAAUUGAAAAAUGUGAAAGUAUGCCUGCUGAUGAUACAAAAGUGUAAAUGAACAUAAAUUUCCAUAAAUAUACAUUUAUACAUAUAUAUAUUUAUAUAUAUUAGGUUUGUUUAUUUUUGAAAACUAUUUUGACUUGACUAUAAAUGACUUUUUGUUUUUGAAUGAAAACUUAAAAUAGUAAAGUCAUAGCAUUGUACUAGGAGAUGUUUUUAACAUUAAUUUCAAAAAAGAAAAUAAAAAAGUGAGGUAUGAGUGUUAUAAAUAAUCGUUUUGUGAAGUCAACUCCAUAGUGAAAUGUCGAGUGUGAGAUGUUAUAUUUCAAAACAGAAUUGUCGUAAUAUAUUUGUAACAUAAAUCUUGUACAAAGUAAAGUAGGUUUUGCAUAAAUGUAAACAAGAUAAAGAUAUAAAAAAGCAGUUGUUGUAAUGUUGUAUCAAAUUAACUUCAACAGAAUGAUGAGACACAAUGAAUAAUUCAAUUUUACUGCUUACAUUUAUUCAAUAAAAAUGAAUCGUUUCAAAAUAAAAAUUUGUAGUAAUCUUGUUAACAUUAAAAAAGUACUCAUUGUAAUCGAGUCAAGAAAAUGACUAGUUAAUUUUGAAAGUUUUGAAAAUUUCACCCCUUCUCGUGGUAAAAGAACGACGUAUAACAAGUUUUAUCUUGCAAAAGAUGUUUGUUACCAACAAAUAAAAGAUUUUAAAAAAUUUUCUCCUUUCCAAGCGUAGACUACUGAAAAUAAAGUCACUGUAGAUUAAGAACCGAAAAAUUACAGUCUGGAUUGAAAAUAUUAACGUAUUGAAUGAAGUUUCUAAAUGUAUUAAUUAAUUUUUUUAUAAGUUAGAUUCAUUGUAAAUUGCACAAAAAUCGUUUGUAGUAAGUGGUGAAUUUUUAUUG